AUGGCCGGCGAAACCGGUCCCGUCGACAUAUCCCGAGCCCUAGCCAUGCUAAUGGCCGGCUUCUUCACCCUCGCCUGCUGGAACGUCAUCGAAAUCGCCUACUCAAUCCUAACAACCUUCCAUCGCUAUUCCGGCCUCUACUUCUGGAGCAUGGUAAUAGCCACCCUUGGCAUCCUCCUCCAUGCUAUAACCUCUUUCCUCCGCUACUUCGCGCUCGCCCCGAACUUCCCCAUGUGCUUCCUGAUCUGUCUGGGUUGGUACGCGAUGGUCACCGGUCAAUCCGUGGUAUUAUAUUCACGACUUCAUCUCGUGACAACACACGAACAUUAUCCGCGGUGGAUUUUGUAUAUGAUCGUGUUUAAUUUCUGCGCUUUGCAUAUCCCCACGACGAUCCUUUUUCUCGGGGCGAAUAAUGGGGUUACUAGUUUCGUUGAGCCGUUUAAUAUUUAUGAGCGGGUUCAAUUGGCUGGUUUUGCGGUGCAAGAGACUAUUAUCAGCGCGCUUUAUGUUUGGGAAACGACUACCUCGUUACGACCGGUUUUGGCGUUAAAGGGUCCUCGGGGUAGGAAGGUGGUUAUGAAUGUUGUUGUUGUGAACGUUAUCGCGGUGUUGUUGGAUGCUUCGCUGCUCACGACUGAGUAUACGAAUCACUUCGAUGUUCAGACGACUUAUAAACCGGUUGUUUAUAGUAUCAAGCUGCUAUUGGAGUUCACGGUGCUGAACAAUCUGCUUGCGGUGAUUCGGACGCCCCCGUCUUCGAUUCAGGAGGUGAAUGUUUCGGAGGUACAGAGGGAUGAGGCUCAUAUUGGGCCGCUUCAGAGUGGGAAUCAUUUGGAUCUUACUGUUGAUCCGGAACGGUCUUCGCCGAGUGACCGACGGGGUUCGUCGAGGGAAUCGUUUGUUAAAACUCAUGAGUUUUGGGUGGCGAAUGCCCAUCAUGGAUGA